AUGUGCAUUUCGACAAUGAUGGUUCUAUCACUAGCCGCGACAUUAGAACGUUGGCCAUUGUGGGACUCCGAAAUUGCUCAUUUAGAGAAAGGAAUGAUCUUUAGUGAUAAGAAAAGCUUAGUGCACGUUGUUCAGUUGUAUAACCUGAAGCGUAAUCGAGAAUGCAAGGUCAUAGAAUCCAAAGGAAACAGUUGGGUGGUCGAGUGGAAGCACGACUAUAACUGGAGGGUUCAGGCAACGAAGUUGAAAGACAAAGAUUUCUUUCAAAUUAGAAAAGGUUUGAAGCGCCGCAUCAGUAUAUCACCAGAAUUGCCUCUUGCUACCAUAAUUGAGGUCAUGAUGGAGAAGUUUCAGUUCACGAUAUCAUAUAAGAAAACGUGGCAUGCAAGGAAGAAAGCUGUUGCAAUGGCAUUUAAACCAGCAAUAAAAGGCUUCAAGUACUGUCAUCCAGUGAUAUGCAUUGACGACACACACUUGUACGGGAAAUAUGAAGGCAAAAUUGUUGCGGCCACUGCAGUGACUGCUGCUAACAAGAUUAUACCUCUUGCCUUUGCCGUUGUUGACAAGAAGAUGAUCAAGAGUUGGGGUUGGUUCAUUACUCUCAUUCGGCGACGUGUGUGCCGUGACCUAGAGGGGGUGACAUUGAUAUCCGAUCGAUACACGACUUUGCUUAGUGUUGUGUCCAGAAUUUGGAACAAUCCAGCAGUGCAACCAAGAGGCUACCAUAGGUAUUGCUUGCGAUACGUAUGUAGCAAUUUCAAUAAAAGAUUCGGUAAUACAGUAGCCAAGGAUCUUGUGUGGAGAGCUGGUUCUGUACGACAAGUGAGGAAGUUUAACAAGAUUAUAGAGGAUAUCUACAAGCUAGAGAAGAAUGCUGAAUGGCGAUUUAGUCGGAUGAACCCUAUUCAUUGGACAUUGUGCCAGCUUGUCAAAUAUUUUGACGAGGGCAAGAUUAUUGUUGAAAAUGCGAGUAAUUGGGGUCAUUUGUACACGAGUAAUGUUCAACGAUGGAUUAACGAGCACCAAGCUAAAGCGAAUGUCCAUAUGUUGGUACCAAUUAAUAGGGAAACAGGGAAAUAUGAGGUGAGGACAGCACCGUAUGGGAUGGGGGUGGUGCUCGUCAAAUAG